UAAACAUGGCAUUGCUCUCAGUUCUGACCAUAUGUAUCCUUCUAUUGGACGCGUCCUUUGCGGUAUCCAGCCCCUCGGUGACUGGUGAUGGAACUUCUGAUUCAGAAAUGCGAGAAAUAAGACUUCUCUUAAACAAGUAUGGAGCGCAAAUAGAAACUUUACAGAGGGAGAAUGCACGACUUGAAAAGAAAACCAUGAAACUCGAAAAGAAAACCAUAUCUCUUGAAGAGAAAAUCAUGACACUUGAAGAGAAAAUCGAGACACUUGAAGAGAAAUCACCAACAUUUGAAGAGCAACGUGAGCCUAAAACUGACCGUGUGAACAGCACCAGACCAGGCCCAGACGUACUCGGUAAAACAGACAGGUCAGCAAUAUCCGACAGAAAGACCCAAUCAACAAAAAGAAACCCUGAUUCCACAACCGUCAGCAUUAUUGCAUUCCAUGCCGUUCUCGCACAUACGAUCAUUGACCCUGGUGCAGACCAUAUCGUUACGUUUGACCACAUCAUUACCAAUAUCAGAGCCCAUUACAGCUCCAAUACCGGUGUUUUUACCUGUGUUGAGGUAGGCGUAUACCAAUUUUCAUGGAUGGUCAAGGUUUAUGUUAACCAGUGGGUAGCUACAGAGUUGGUACGUAACGGUGUGGUGGUUGGAACAGCCAUGAGCGGAGACGAUGCCGAUUGGACAACGGGCACAGCAUCAGCUAUCACGAUGCUGGCCCUCGGUGAUGAGGUCUGGGUACGGGUGGCAAAGGCACAUUCCGUUGGGGUAGACAUCUACCCAACGUUUACAAUGUUUAAUGGAUUUAUAAUUCACUGA